CUAUCCCGUCCUCAUUCUUUUCAUCGAAUUCUCGACAACUCCUCUUUUCAUCGCAUCCAGCUUCUUCAACCGCCGCUAGCGAACCAGCAUACAUAACCACCUCAUAACCACUUGCAUCCGUAACAGCAAAUAGUAAUUGAGACAACAUGGUCGACACUUCUUCUCACAUUCGCCGAGGACACCCGAUUUUCUUCGGUUUGAUCACAUUCUUCGCCAUCAUUGAGGGUAUCAUUACCGCUUGGCUUGUGUCCAAAUUCAACAACAACGACACCUACCCCUCGAAUUCUUACCGAGACCGACUCAAGUUCCUCGUGUUUGUCUCCUGGUGGACAGUCGUUUUCGGUGCUGCCCAUCUUACCUCGUUCUUGGUCGCUUCGACCAAUUUCGUUUCUUCCAUCGCUGCUCACCUUGGUGUCUGGGCCCUCACAUGGCUCUUCUGGCUCGCCGGCGCCGCCUCCUUCACUGCCGCUCUCGGCGGUGGUGCCCGAUGUAGUCACUCUUCCCUCACAUACUGCAGCCAGCUCGUAGCUGCCGAGGCGUUCGCGUGGAUGGAGUGGAUCCUGCUGAGUGUGCUGUUCAUCUUCCUCUUGCUGAUUGCUGUGAGGGCUAUAAGGCGAGGCGACAGCUUGGGCGGGGAGCUUGUCUAAGUUUGCGUGGGUGAUUUGUAGAAAAGAUCGUGCGGAUGUCAUGGAAAAUACAAGCCGGGGGGGAUGGGAAGGUAACAUAUAAUAUAGUGGCUCAUAAUAAUACAUAUACGCAUGUAGCCCUAAUGCUGUCUUGGCUGUCGACUGCUGCGCUGGAGCUAUAGCCAGGGCUCGCGCGACACGGGAGAGAGCCGCGGCCCAAUAACCACG